UUUUUCUAUUGAAAAAAUUUUUUAUUAUUAAUUUUCUUUUAAAGCAACGUGGGAUAUAGAACAAAAACAUCACAUUCAUGACCAUACUGUAAUGGAAGGAGGACCACUUUCUCCUAGUUUAAGCAUUCCUCUUCCUCCGUUAGAAUUAACUACACAAGAACAACAAGAAUUGGGAUAUCUUCCAAAUAGAGAUGACUUUGAAAAGGAAUAUGAUAAUGAAGCAGAAUCUUUGACAUCAAAUUUAGUAAUCAAUAAUGAUGAUGAUGAAGUUGACACAGCUCUAAAGCUUGCUUUAAUUAGCAUUUACACAACCAGACUAGAAGAAAGGUUAAAAAGGAAAAAGAUAGCUAGAGAGUUUGGACUAGUCAAUCAGUUUUUCAGUUCCUCAAAUAAACAAAAAUCUCAAAAUCCUCGGAAGAAAUCUUUCAAAGAUGAAAGAGAACUUCAGGAAAGAAUGCAAGUUUUUUGUAGAUUCCAAACAGCUUAUGAACAUGAACAAUUAUUCAGGGAUCUUCAAAGGGAAAAAGAAUUACAUCUUAAAAUAAAAGAGCUUUUCAAAUAUAGAAAAAAUGGUCUGACAAAAUUACAAGAACCAAGUCCUAGUUAUAAGGAGGAUGUUCAAAAACUUCCCACUCAAACUGCUGAAGUAAGUUCAUUAAUGCAACAGCAUGUGGACAUGUGUUAUCCUGAAGAAGCACAAUUCCUCUGA